ACUAGGUAUAGCUGGGUUGUAUUUCUAACCCCUACUUCUCUUUCUGAUUUAUUUAUCCUUCUUUUUCUCUUUGCCUUACAUUAAAAUAACUGAAGGAAGCCAAGGUUCAUCAUGGAGUCAGUCCUUUUACAAGCUCGUAAAACAUGUCCCUUUUUGCAUGCCCAAAGUUCUGCCUCUCUACGAAAGAUUGCAAGAACAGAUGGACUAUUAACAAAAGCCAAGCAGUGCCCUGUUAUGUCUAUGGCUAUUCAAAAUAGAAAGAUACAUAGUUCUGUUAUUAACAAAGAACAGCAGCAAGAGCAUCAGGCGAAACCUUUUGAUUAUGAAGGCUUUUAUCAGGGGAUGUUGGAUAGAAAACACAAGGAUAAGAGCUACCGCUAUUUCAAUAAUAUCAAUCGUCUUGCGAAGAAAUUCCCUAUGGCUCAUCUUGCCCGGCCUACAGAUGAAGUCACUGUAUGGUGUGCUAACGACUAUCUAGGAAUGGGCGCCAACCCCCUACUUAUUAAUGCUAUGAAGCAAACGUUGGACCGCUACGGUGCUGGCGCUGGUGGUACCCGUAAUAUCGCAGGCAAUGCUGCUUUGCAUUUACAGUUGGAGUCAGAAUUAGCAGACUUGCAUCAUACCGAUGGAGCUCUUGUGUUCUCGUCUUGUAUGGUUGCCAAUGAUGCUACGUUAUCGACCUUGGGUUCGAAGUUACCCAACUGUGUCAUUUUCUCGGAUCAACUGAACCAUGCUUCUAUGAUUGAAGGUAUUCGCCAUUCGAAAGCUGAGAAGCAUAUUUUCCGUCAUAACGACGUCGAACACCUUGAACAAUUGUUGCAAUCAGUUGACAUCAAUCGUCCGAAGAUUAUUGCGUUCGAGUCCGUUUAUUCCAUGUGUGGUUCGGUAGCUCCCAUCCACAAGUUCGUCGAGUUGGCCAACAAAUACAAUGCUAUUACCUUCUUGGAUGAAGUUCACGCUGUUGGCAUUUACGGUCCCCGGGGUGCUGGUGUUGCUGAACAUCUUGAUUUUGAAUUGAAUGCUGCAAACCCUCAUCGCGGAAAUGGAAGUAUUAUGGAUGAAAUUGAUAUUUAUUCUGGCACUUUGGGUAAAAGCUUUGGCGUCGUUGGUGGCUAUGUUGCCGGUUCCGCUCGUUUUAUUGAUAUGAUCCGUUCUUACGCUCCUGGUUUCAUUUUCACUACUUCUUUGCCUCCUGCUAUUGUUUCUGGUGCUAAAACUUGUAUAAGUUAUCUGAAAAACUCAAAUGCUGAACGUCGCUUACAGCAGUUGAAUGCUCGUGCAGUGAAGGCUCGUUUAGGUGAGCUCGGUAUUCCUGUUGUUCCUAACCCCUCUCACAUUGUUCCUGUCCUCUUGGGUGAUGCUGCCGCUGCUAAGACUGCAUCCGAUGACCUUUUGAAUAGAUACAAUAUAUACGUACAGGCUAUCAACUAUCCUACUGUUCCUGUUGGACAUGAACGUCUCCGUAUCACACCUUCACCUGGUCAUACUCCUGAAAUGAUUGAUUAUUUGGUUGACUCUCUUCAAGAGAUUUGGCAGCGUUAUGGCUUUAGACGUGUUGCUGAUUAUGAAGCUGAAGGCGGCCGCUGUGAUGUCGGUAGAAAAGAUUUACCGGACUUGAAACCUUUGUGGACUGACGAACAACUCAACUAUAAGAACCAGAUAGCUGCUUCCGAAGUACCUGAGCAACAAUCGGUUGCUUUCAACUGAGAAUAGCAAAGCUCUCUAUAUACAUUCUGCAUUCCAAACUGAUCACUAUGCCUCGUUGACAUAGUCUACAUAUUGACAUUUGUAAGCUUUUUGUUUCUCUGAAUAAAUCUUGUAGUGUGAAUAUCUCUAAAGAUCUUCAUUGACAUUGAUCAAA